GAAGAAAAAAAUUAAAUAAGGAAGAAGAAACAGAGAGGAAAAAGAGAGCAAGAAAGAACAGCUCCAAUUGCGCUCAUAUUAUUGUUUUGUUGUUAAAUGUAACGAUCUCUCUCUCUCUCUCUCUCUUCCCUCCCCUCUCUCUCUCUUUGUCAAUUGCGUUUCUUCGUUUCACAAUGGAAUUUCUGCAGAACGCUGGGAUCCGCGUUUCUCGAUCGCAGCAGCAGCAAUAUCUUCACCAAAUUCUCCUCCAUAUGCUCUAACAACCUCUCUUCCGCCAUAGCCAGCCACCAUUACUCCUCUUCCCCUUCCAUUCCUUUCCACCGCCCUUCAGCAAUCGCUGCUGAAGCUAUACGCUCGUUCCUGAUUCCUUUCCGCUUCUCUCGCCGCUGCGCCGUCUGCCGGAUUCCAAAACCCUCAGGUCCGGCUCCGGUUUGAGGAGCAUUAUCCUCCAGAUUCGGCCUCGGUUCUCUGUAAGUGCCUUGAGAUUUGCUCUACAUUGAUCUGAAAUGUAACGCUUCUCUUCUCUUCUCCGUUUCCUCCUUCGAAUCGCUGUUUUCUGAACAGUCUCUCGUUUCCAAUUGUAUCUCCGUUUUAAUUAUUCGCUUGUACGGAAGAUCUCCGGCGUUUUUUUUUGUCGUUGUAUGAGCCGGCCGCGGCCAAGAUAUGGCAUCUCGUUGUUGCAAACGUUUUAUGUUUUUCCCCUUUCCCUCUCCCUCUUUUUGAUCGUACUACGUGGCUUUUUGCGAUUAGGAGGCUGAAAUGCGGAAUCGGUUUUUCCCUUUGUUGAUUUUAGUUUUCUUGGUGUCUUCGUUUGCAGUGGAGAGAAACAAUUGAGAUUGCGGCCGUCGAGGAUUUUCGUCGUUGUUUUGUUCUUCGGAGUUUCUGAAAUGUCAACCACGAGGGAGCAUCACACGGUGCCGCUCUCGGUGCUUCUAAAGCGGGAAUUGGCUACCGAGAAGGUAGAGAAGCCUGAGCUUGUCCACGGACAGGCCAACCAGAGCAAGAAAGGGGAAGAUUUCACUUUCGUCAAAACUGAAUGCCAGAGGAUCCUUGGCGAUGGCGUUACUACUUACUCAGUUUUUGGGUUAUUUGAUGGUCACAAUGGCUGUGCAGCAGCGAUUUACACUAAGGAGAAUCUUCUAAACAACGUUAUAUCCGCUAUUCCUCAAGACCUUAACCGAGAGGAAUGGCUAGCGGCACUUCCCAGGGCAUUGGUUGCAGGAUUUGUCAAGACAGAUAAAGAGUUUCAAGUUCGAGGACAACCAUCUGGUACUACUGUCACAUUUGUGAUUAUUGAAGGAUGGGUUGUAACUGUAGCAUCCGUCGGAGAUUCGCGUUGUAUACUUGAAUCUGCUGAAGGUGAUCUCUACUACUUGUCAGCAGAUCACAGGCUAGAUUGCAAUGAAGAGGAGAGGAAUCGUAUUACAGCAAGUGGUGGUGAGGUUGGGCGCCUGAAUACUGGUGGUGGUGCAGAGAUUGGUCCGUUGAGAUGUUGGCCUGGUGGCUUGUGUCUCUCACGGUCCAUUGGAGAUCUGGACGUUGGCGAGUAUAUUGUUCCUGUUCCUUACGUGAAGCAAGUCAAGUUGUCUACUGGUGGUGGUAGGCUUAUCAUCGCAAGUGAUGGAGUUUGGGAUGCUGUGUCUGCCGAAACGGCUCUUGACUGUUGCCGUGGAAUGCCCCCUGAUGCUGCAGCAUCACAAAUCGUUAAAGAAGCCGUGCAUCCCAAGGGUAUCAGAGAUGACACUACCUGCAUUGUUGUUGACAUGCUUCCAGUGGAGAAGCCAGCCGUCCCUCACCCAGUGCCUAGGAAACAACAAGUCAAAGGAGUGUUGAGAUCUAUGUUCAGAAAGAAGUCUUCUGAAUCAUCUUCUCAUCCCGACAAAGAAUACGUUGAGCCGGAUGUCGUUGAGGAGAUGUUCGAGGAAGGCUCUGCUAUGCUUUCAGAAAGGUUAGACACAAAGUACCCGCUGUGCAACAUGUUCAAGUUGUUCAUGUGUGCGGUGUGUCAGGUAGAGAUUAGACCUGAUGAAGGAGUAUCGAUACAUGCCGGGUCAGGUAACAUGAGAAGGCUACGCCCCUGGGAUGGCCCUUUCCUUUGUGUCAGUUGCCAAGAGAAGAAAGAAGCAAUGGAAGGGAAAAGAUCAUCUGGAGAUAGACACAGUAGCGAAAGUGACUGAGCGAGCCAGUCAGGCUCCUUCAACUAUAGACGACGAUGAUGAUGAUGCAUCUCAGCGAGCACUAACAAUUGUUUCAGAAGUUUAAUGUAAAUGAAAAAAAGACAACUUAUCUUGGGACGUUACUUCAAUUAAAAUCCGACGGCAGAAUCUUUUGGAACCCCAUGCUUUGCUCUGAAGACAAGGACGAUGAAAGAAGAUGAGAAGAACUUGUUAUAGCUGCUGCUGCUGCUGCUUACCAGUGACAUACGUAUGUUUAUCUAACUUGAAGACUUGAUGGUUGAUCCUCUUAGUUUGUGCUCGCCCUCCCUCCAAGACUCCGAACGAAAAGCUUGAUCGUGCCAAAUGCUUAGCAGCAGCAGCAGGGAUGCAUCCAAUCAAAGAGCGGUCAGUCGUCGUUUUCCCCAUUCUCCGAUCAUUAUUUUCAUUAUUUCUUUCUUCUUUUCUUUAUUUCUUCUGUACUUGAAUCCACAAUAUUCUUCUCCAAAAGUCACAAAGCUAACAUCGGAACAACAACGGUAGCAGCAAUGUCCAAAUAUUAAUAAUUUCUUAGGCACUUAAUGACAGCAAGUAUUCUUCUUCGUUUUCUUCUUCUUCGUCCACAUUAGACGGUAAGAGAGAGAGAGACAAUUGGCAAUGGGGGAAUGAGAGAAACAAUGUGUAGCUGCGAUCUUGUUACAAGAGCGGAACGAAUUCUUUGAUGUGGUUGUAGCUGUAAUCAAUCUUGUUCCAUAUAUGUCCAUAGAAAGAUGUGCCUGGUGAACUCUGUUAUACAUAUAGACAGCAGAAAGAUUUGCUUCCAAACUAGAUACUUGCUCAGUUAAAUUCUUUUAUAUAUUAUUUCUAAAAUAGCAAGAUCAAUAAGCUCAAUGAAUAUUGUCUUUGCUU